AUGGUUCCUUAUUCUCAAAACGGGAAACAAAUAAUUAAUAGGAGUGCUAAUUAUGUUAUUUAUGGUAACACAACAAGUCAUGCUAUGAACCAAGUUGAAGUUGAAGUUGAAGGUUACAAUUGCUUAGUAGGAUCUGAUUUUGUGGUGAGUAGGCACAUGGCUGAUGAAGAGGAAUCAAGAACUAACACAAACACAAUUACUACUCAAUAUCAUCAUAAUAACGAACCUGAGGCUGAACCUCAACCUGAACCUGAACCUGAAGCUGGUUCCACCUCAAAGGACGAAGAAGAAGAAGAAGGAGCAAACAACAACAACAAUAGGAAUAACUGGCUUCAAUUAAGCAUAGGUUUUCAUCAGACUCACGCGGCUGUGGCGGCGACAACCACCAAGCACGACCGUGAUCACCACCACCAUCGUCAUCACAGAGCGAGCUCAAUGGCUCCAACAAGCGGCUCAGGACUUGUGGAGUUAGACUUGUUACCGGCUGCUACUGGGAGACAUUUGAAUUGGGCUUCUUCACGGCGGAGCAUGGAGCCUCCGGUGGUGGCUGCGGCCGCGGCGGAGGGGAGGAGUUGUUGUCAAGGAGGGUCUAGUUUUGGUGGUUCUUUGGUUUUAGAACAAACUUCAAACAUGUCAAUAGCAAGUGGUCCAACAUUUGGUCAUCGCCAUCAACAACAACAACAACAUCAUCAAGAGAUAAUGAACUGGGCAUUUGGAUCAUCUUAUUUUCCUCCACCCUUUCAUUUCCCUUCUUCUGGGUUUGAUCAUCAAUUUGAUGUGGCUGGACCAAGCUCCCAUGUCACAGUUAGAGUUGUUGAUCCUCCUCCUAGACCUCAUUCUGGAAUAUGGUUUAUGCUACAAGCCUCCCAAAACCAAGCGAAAGAACCAUUCUUGCCCCAGAUACCUAAGAACUACCUUAGAAUCAAAGAUGGAAGAAUGACGGUUCGGUUGCUAUUGAAGUAUCUGGUUAGCAAACUCAGGCUUGAGAACGAAUCAGAGAUAGAGAUAACAUGCAGAGGGCAGCAACUUUUACCUUUCUUUACGUUGCAGCAUGUGAGGGAUAACAUUUGGACUCCGAGGGACACCACAAGAACUUUGCUUUCAGAUUCCUCAACCACAGAUCAUGUCAUGGUUCUCCAUUACGGUAGAAGCACUGCUUAAUUAAAACAAGUGAAGACCCCUUGUAACUUAAAUGUGGCUCCUGCAUCCAUCAUGUUAUAUCCUUGUUAACUUAUCUAAACCCUUUUCUUUUUAGUUU